UCUAUCUGCAGAUGCACAGUAGUGCAGGACACGCCCUCUAGAUAGGUUUAGACGCCGAAACUACUCUGUUAUGUUAAGGUAGAACAAACAAUCUAUGGUUUAUAGACAAUAAAUGGUUCUAUGAAUUAAAGGAAAGAUCUUGCUUUAGACUAAAAUAACUACGUUAGACCGGAAGUUGUCUCGGGGCGUGUUUUGCGUUAAAGUGGGCGUGUCGUGUCGUGUGAGAGGCUCCAGCAGGAACCUUGCUGAUUAGCUGCCUCUCCAUAUGACUGAGUGAGGAAACAAACCUCGGCACUGAUAGCGAUGAAGUGGUUGCGUUUUUCGCUCCUCGUUUUGGGGGUUUUCUCGCUGUGCUGCGCCACGUCUGGUGACAGCAGCGGCAUCAAGAAGAUGAAGAUGCAGUUUGCGACGGGUCCUCUCCUCAAGUUUCAAAUUUGCAUUUCCUGAGGGUAUAAGCGGGUGUUUGAGGAGUACACGCAGGCUUUGUACCAGCGGUACCCAGACAUCCGUAUUGAAGGGGAGAAUUAUCUCCCUGUGCCCCUCUAUCGACAUGUUGCUUCCUUCCUGUCUGUGUUCAAACUGCUGGUGAUUGGGCUGAUUAUUAUCGGCAGGGACCCAUUCGCCCUCCUCGGUAUGCAAGCCCCGGGCAUCUGGGAGUGGGGCCAGGGGAAUAAGAUUUAUGCCUGCAUGAUGGUGUUCUUCCUCAGCAAUAUGAUUGAAAACCAGUGUAUGUCUACAGGAGCAUUUGAGAUCACAUUAAAUGAUGUGCCAGUGUGGUCAAAACUAGAGUCAGGUCACCUGCCCUCCAUGCAGCAGCUUGUGCAAAUCCUGGACAACGAGAUGAAGAUGAAUGUUCACAUGAACACAGCACCACACCACCACUCCUAACCCUACUCGUCUCAUCCUGGCUGGAGCUAAAUGCCCCUCCAUGUUUGAGGUGGGUUUCUCACUGAGCUGUGAAGUGAUGUUUAUGAAGGUCUGCGCUGAAGGCAGGAGAACUGCUAGCACAGACUGGAUGCCCCCAUCAGUCUUCACCAUGCCCCUUGGGGACGACCCGCCCCUGACGCCAGAGUGGGAUCCAUGGCAACAGUGCCGGCCAUUCCUUUGUCAGUUUCUUGUACUAUUCAUACUACUGCAGAUUUCCUCCAGGUGACAUCAGUGGUCCCAUAAGGAGAGAUUUAUCAUUGAUUCUUAUAGUCUUUAACGUGUUGCAAAUAUUUGGAAUAUGUGAAUUAAAAAAAACAAGUGUCAUUUGUACUUAUGAGCCACAUGUAGAAUUUUAAGUUUAUUGUUCUAAAAGUAGCUUAGCCAUGUAGAAAACACAACACUUACAAUCUGUCAUCACUGGUGUGAGAUUAACAUUGAGGAAUUGUGUCUUGGUAUGAUUUCUGAAUAAUUUUUAUAUUUGCAUAACUUGAAGGAAGCUAAGAAGAUUAAUAAAACAUAUUGUAACUA